UUGUCCGCGCAACCGUGCCUUCUCUCUUGUCGUCCCGAAAGAAAUUUGAAGUAACCGCGCGCGCGCCGGUCUGACCGUCGAAACCUCUUCCGAACGUAGCUUCCUGUCCUUUCUUCGGCACUUGUCGUCCGGAACAGACGGAAUGUCUUCGUGAGAGUCUACUGGAGAGUUAAUCGUCGUAAACACGUCGCACUCCGGAGGAGCAUUCCGUUCGAUAGGAGACUACGACGACGACGACGACGACGAGCGACAUGUAUGGAUUGUCGAGAUGCAUUCGCGGAGCCGCCGCGAAGUCCAAGCUGUUCAAAGCGGAAACUAUCCGGCGAAAUUGGCAGCUGAUACCACUUGCCGUCCUGCACGCUUGCAUGAUGAUCGCCAUACCGUUCAUAGCCUGCCAUCGACUAUUCGUCACCACGAUCGACGUGCAGCUGACCGAUUAUCAGAGGUUCGAGAUUCCAUCCGUGCCGCGAUUCUUCGACCUGAGAAAACCACGUUCGUUGAAGCCGAUCGGCGGGUAAUACGUGUAUUCGACCGGCAUCGUCCUCCUGCGUCGGUCUCUUGUCGUGGCGAUUGCUUGUGCCGGCAUUACAGACGGCGCUUUACGAAUUCCUCUACGCCUCAAUGCGCCUCUCGUUUCUUCGAGUGGUCGACCGAACGCACAACAAGACCGCUCUCAUGACCGAACUAUUCUCAAGUUCGAACACCAAUCGAAAGUAUAAUCAGUGUAUUCUUCACUGAAAUGUUACACUUAAAACUGGUAGUUUAGUUAUAGGACUGCAAUCAGUAAAAUCACGCUGAAAGCAUCAGUUUAGGGGUUGUAAAAAUAAAGCUUGGCAGGAGUAAAGAUGAGCUAAAAUUUGGUGAAAAGGUAAAUUAACAGAAGUAUAAAUUUGUUAUAUUUAUCGUAUGUCUAUUAAAUCUGAUUUUUGCACAAAUGUAUUCACAAUGUGCUCUUUGCGUUCUGUUUCUUGUCUUCUAUCUUUUUAUGGCUUACAGCUUAA